CUUUGGUCAAAGCAACAUGGUUUCACCCUGUGGACAAUGUGAAUGUAAACAGGCAGGGCCCAGCUCUUAGACGAUAAAUACUGUCAGAGCAGCAGAACCACAGCGGUCAGCUGUCCUCAGAGCUGAAUGGCUUUCAGGGUGUGCGCCCGGUUUUUCAGAGACUCCGUCGUCCUCUGCAGACGGGUCGCUGUGUCCGGUCCUCAGGAAAGUGCGUCAUGGUUUCUCACAGCCGGAAGCGCUGGCUGCAGCAGAGGAGGGAGGAAUGGAUUUAUCUUCACUCCUGCUUGUUUUAUUACAUCAGAGGCGUUUCUCAACAGACUGAUGAAAGGCAAAGCAGCACAGGCAGGCGGCAGCUUUUAUCGCCUCCCAGCUUCAGUUCCACCGGACAGCGGUGAACAAGUAUCUUUGUUGCUGAGACAUCCAGAUCAGCCUGACAACCCAAAAGUUUUGAAGGUGGCUAUAAUAGGUGCCCCGAAUGCUGGGAAGUCCACAUUGUCCAACCAGCUGCUUGGCACAAAGGUGUUUGCCGUGUCCAAGAAAGUGCACACGACGCGGUCACGUGCCCUGGGUGUCCUAACAGAGGGUGAUACACAGAUAAUUUUACUGGACACUCCUGGUCUCACAUCUCCAACAAAGGUUAAAAGACACAACCUGGAGAAGUCUUUGCUUGUGGAUCCCUGGAGCACAGUCAAAGAAGCUGACCUAAUGGUGGUGGUGGUGGAUGUGGCAGACAGAUGGAUGCGCAGCAGGCUUGACUUUGAGGCGCUCAAAUGCCUGGCCCAGAACCCAGACAUCCCAGCAGUCCUGGUCCUUAAUAAGGUGGACCUGGUGAAGGCUAAGGACAAGCUGCUGGAUAUCACAGCGGAGUUGACUUGUGGUGUGGUGAAUGGACGCAGAAUGCGGGUCAGACCAGUGAUCAAGCCUCCAUGGGCCGAAAAGAUGCCAGAGAGGGAUUCAGAGUUAUCGCUCGACGAGGACAACGCAGGGCCCGAGGGCAGUGCUGAGCUGGACUCUGUGCUGAACAAAGAGAAGCUGAAGGAGCUGAAGAGCCAGCAGGGCUGGCCUCAUUUCAAAGAUGUCUUCAUGCUCUCAUCUGUGGACAAAGAGGACGUGGAGACGCUGAAGAACUACUUUAUGGUUGCCGCCAAGCCAGGAUCAUGGCAGUACCACAGUGAGGUCCUGACCGAUCAGAGUCCAGAGGAAGUCUGCACCAAUAUCAUCAGAGAGAAGCUUCUGGAGCACCUGCCCCAGGAAGUGCCUUAUUCAAUGACACAGUCUAUUGAACUGUGGCAGGAUGGAGAAGACGGUGAGGUCAAUAUUUCAGUGAAGCUUUAUGUCAAGAAAGACACUCACAUGCGGAUGGUGAUUGGCACAGCUGGCCAGAUGAUAGCACGGAUCGCCCAGGAGGCAGGCGAGGACCUGAGCCGCAUCUACCUGAGGGAAGUAAAGCUGAAGCUCUCAGCCAAGCUGAGGAAGUGAAGAGGGUGGAAGGACUUUAAUGUGGUGAAAUCCUGAAGAGGGGGAGAGAGAACCCGCAAACCAGAGGAGUGAAAAACAAAGGAUAAGAUCUCGUCAUGAGUCUGAAGCGGAGUUACGAGGUGGAAUAUACUGUAACCACAGUCCCAGAGCUCUCACUGAGCUCGUAGCUCUUUAAGGAAAGGAAAUCUGAUGGUUUCAUCAGCAGCAUUCUUUCAUGCAGUCCCAUAAGACAUAACAGAUUUUUAUGUAUAGAUUGUACUGUCAUUAUGUGAGAAAAAUGUGAUAAAACUAUCAGUGCUGUAAAAUAAAAUACUUUAAAAUGUA